AUGCGGCUAAAGGUCAUAGACCCAGUGGAUUGCAGUUAUGGUGUCGUCACUUUGAGGGAUUUUAUUAAGGGAGAGUAUCUUUUAAAAUAUCCUGGGGAGAUGAUAGCCGCGAAAGAAGGUAAAAGAAGAGAUAAAAUUUACGGAGAGCAAGGAAAAGGAUGUUACCUUUUUUACUUCAUACACAACGGCCAACAUCUAUGCAUCGAUGGUACUCACUCCCAUCAGCUAGGACGUUUUGUCAACGAUUCUGAAAACGGAAAUUGUGUGAUGAAGAAAGUCGUCAUUGACGGAGUCCCACAUCUCGCUCUAUUUGCCAGUGAGAACCUGAAGAAAGGUGUGGAACUCCGUUAUGAUUACGGAGACUCGGAAAGUCUUUGGUGGCGGCAUCAGAAUAGUUCCUGUUUAAAUGUAAGUAAUAUUUCAAAGUAA